AAGCCCCCAAAUAUUCAGUUAACUGUGCCAAUGAAGACAAAUCCUUAUUUCCAAGAAGCUCCAAUGACAGAUUAUUGUCACACUUUGAUGAUUCAAAAACAAAUCAAUUCAUCAGCUAAAUAUUUUAGCUCUAACUCCUGCAUAGCAAUAAUGCAUAACAUCCAAAAGGGUCCAUUGCAAACGCUGGUAAUAUAAAGGUGUCACAUAAUGGUCCACUUGGCGCUGGAAUCCAGUUACAGCAGUGACUGAUGCAGUGUCUACAUACUUUUUGUUUUAGUGCAGUAAAAUCUUGGCAAAAAUAAGUGAGUGCAUAGUCAGCUCACAUUCAUUAUAUAGCUGUGUAUUUGUUUAUAUCCAGUUGCAGUAUUUUCUCACUCGUUUAGCCUGUUUCCUUUUUAAAUUUUUGAAAAAAGUGUCUGUGUAUCUGUGCAAAAAUAGAUAGUCAUACAGUUGCAGUGCUUAAGAACUGUCUGUAUUUCUAAUAUUUUAAUAGCUUAGCCUAAGUGGAAAAAGGCAAUUCUUAAUACAACAGAUUUACCCUGCAUUUAAAUGAUGUCAUAAUACACAGAGUACUGCGUAAAAAAAGACAGAUACAAUGCUCAAAUGUGCUUACACAGCUCCAUUGAGAAUCAUUUUUGAAUCUCUGGCAAAGAAAAAGCCCAUUACGAUAAGGACAAAUAACAAAAGCCACCACUGCAGUUGUACAGAUCAAAUACCAGCACUCGAAGCAGCUGGCGGGCUCUGUCCUAUAAUUUUAGCGCACACUGAUGCGGAGGAAAGAUUUAAUGGGCAUUGGUCAGCGUUCCCUCUUCUGAGGACAUAAAGGAGACAGAGAAGAGUGAGCACAGAGGGAGGGGAGCUGAGGGGAGAGGACAGUGAGGAGAGAGGGAGAGAGAAAGGCAGCGUGUGAGGGCUGCUGUGGCUCAGAAAUAAAGUCUGGCAACUAUCUGGAGCAGCAUGACUCUUCUAACACUUGGAUUGUAUUUGCCACUGUGGUUUUGUUAUGGCCUGGCUCAGUCCUCGUUUGUGGACAGCUUUAUUUCAGUCCCAGCAGCUCUCAGGUCCCAGGAGCAGCAGAAGAGAUUCAACCCAUGCUGUUUACUGAGCCCACCUCCUCCCCCACUCUUUCCUCCACCCCCUUCACUUUGGCGCCGUCACACUCAUAAUGAAGGCAAUCCAAAUGAUGGUGCUGAAUCUAAGCGGGGCAAUGAGAACAAGGGUUCUCCCUGUGUCCAAGGCCCCGCCGGACCUGCUGGUCCUCCUGGACCUCAGGGUCCUCCUGGAUUACCUGGGAUAGGAGGACCUAAGGGAGAAAAGGGAGAAAUCGGACGACCUGGGCAAAAGGGUCGGACAGGUCCUCAAGGACUUCCUGGGAAACAGGGACCAGCUGGAUGGCCGGGACCAAGUGGGCCCAAAGGUGAGAAAGGCGACUCAGGGCUGAUGGGUUUACCUGGAGCCAGAGGACCAAUUGGGCCAAGGGGUUUACCAGGGUAUAAAGGGGAAAAGGGUUCCCGAGGUGAUCGUGGUGACAGUGGAGUGAAAGGCGACAAGGGUGCCAUGGGUUUCCCAGGAAUGCUUGGACAGAAAGGUGAACUGGGUCCAAAAGGAGAACCUGGAAUCUCAGGAAACAGAGGACCCACAGGUCGACCAGGGAAAAGAGGCAAACAGGGAAUGAAAGGAGACACUGGCAGUGUUGGUCCUAUGGGACCUGCAGGACCGCAGGGAAUUCAAGGACACCCUGGCCCUCCAGGUUCACCUGCCACAGGUGUUUACAUGGUUGGAACAAAGGGUGCACGUGGUCCACCGGGGCCUCCUGGAAAGUGUAGCUGCGGCCCUGUCAGCAGUUUUCCAUUUGAUGAUUAUUCCGCCAAAGGAAACUAUCCCAAAGUUCCAGCGAUAUUCGUUGUAAGCAAUGAGGAAGAACUGGAGCGCCUUCACAUUGAUAAUGCUCUUGCAUUCCGCAAAGACCAGCGAUCUCUCUAUUUCAAAGACAUCGAUGGCUGGCUGCCAAUCCAGACUUUUCCAUUCCAGCUGACACCGUUCCAGUCCAUGGAAAAUGCGCCCGAUGACGAGGGUUACUGCGGCGACGGGAUAGUGCAGGUUUCCAGGGGGGAGCAGUGUGAUGACAGAAACAGAGUGGUCACCGAUGGCUGCGUCAAGUGUAAACACGCCUACUGUGGGGAUGGAUAUCGCUAUGAGGGGGCAGAGGAGUGUGAUGGAAAGGACUUUGGAUACCAGACAUGUAACUCAUAUCUUCCGGGGUCAUAUGGUCAGCUCAAGUGCACACCACACUGUGUCAUUGACUCCACAAGCUGCAAGUACUUCACUUGAGGAUGGAGCGGGACAGAACAGCGCGGGGGGGAUCCUCUCUGUGUGUGUGUGUGUGUUGCGUGCUUCACACAAAACAGGAACAUUUUCAUGCAAAAAACAAAAAAAACAAAAAGAACAAAAGCACUCUGAGCAAGAGACUCUGAAGGACGAGGAAGCCGCAGCGCCUUCAAAGACAAAAGACGUACACAUACACAUAUAUAACUCCUCUGUACGGCUGCUGAGAUGCCACAUGGCUCUUCUGGGGGUUACAGAGCUGGUCAAGGGAGGCUUAAGCCUUGACCCACAUUUCUGAAAAUGCACAGGACAACUGCAGUCUGUCUUAACAAGCAGGACUUAAGACCUGGCCUCCUCACCUCGCCUGAUAGGACCGGACUCAGCCUCUGGAUGCAACAGUUGUAUGACAGCCAUGCAGAGACAUAACUAAGUGCGGACCCUGAGUCUUGUAAAUCUUGACCCAGUUACUGCUGAGACCGAGGGGGUCAGUAGUAGGACAUCCAGAGCCAUGGCCUCGGGUUUUCUACUGCAGUGUGAGCGGCGGUGCACAGCAUUUUGCAUGAGGCCGGAUUUGCCGAGACCAUGACAGCAGCUGUCGGUAUCCAAGCAUGUAACCCUGCAGUUUGUCAAUAUAAAACCAGGCACAUAUUAAGAUCCAACAUGUGUGGUCAGAGGCGGAGAUCCAUGUGAAUGUAUCCGCAUGAAUUAUGCACUUGUACAUACUUCAGUGAGACUGUUAUAACCAUGUGAUGCUACUGUACUUGACUGCGACAUCCAGAGUCUGAACAAGGUUUCAUAAAUUCAAAAAAAAAAACAAAAACAACAACUUCUCAGGAACCAACGGGUAACGUAGCUCAACACAGCCACGUGCUCAGAUGUCCUCCGCUUAAAGAAUCCUGAUGGACAGCGUUGCAGUCCUCUGAGUGCGCUCGAGCUGCCUCCCUGUGCUUCACUGAGAAGUGAUAGAUAGUUGUGAUGUACGUGAAGGCUUAAAACUCUUAUGUUCUUAAUAUCCUCACUGCACACGGGGAGGCUGGAAGAGUCUGUAGCUGCUUAAAGGGGGAGGAAUUGCACUUCCGCUCUCUUACGGUCAUUACUGUAUUUACUCUGAUACCUCUUUAUCCAGUCUGUCUGUCUGUCUGUCUGUCUGUCUUACAGUGUAAACGGCAAACUUUUACAGUGUAGAUGUAGUCUGCUGUGUGCUGGGCACCAAAUAGUAAGGAUAACCUUUUCCAAUAUAAGCUGACAUUUUCCAUAAGCUACUGUAUCAGUCACAGUGCCAAGGGGAGACAUUUUCUCACACACACACACACACACACUUACACGCAGUCAGGUGUCACAACGACAAUAUUGUUCUGUAAAAGCAAUCACAGGAUAAAGACUGUUACUAUGUUGUGUCAGGCAUGCUUGUAGAACUGUGCUAAUGAUCGUGGGCGACUGUAUAUGCUUCCGCGCUGUCGGACAACGUUUUGUAAACCACUGUCACUCAUCGGCGGUUCUUAAGAAAUGUCAGUGUUGCUUCCCGCCAAAUGUUACUCUACGUGUUCCACGCCUUAUAUGACAGAAAGGGAACCGCGUGGACGCGCGACGUUCAUCUGUGUUGAACGUCGCGUCCACGGCACGUGCUGCUGUGCCGUAUCCUGUACUGUGUAUGCACAACAAUGCUGAAAACAUAACGCGCAUGUGGUAACGUACUGUAACGUGUAACUUUGUGAAAUCUAUUACUCACUGUGACCGGGCUCGUGAAGGUUCAUUCUGUUUUAUUCUUCUGUUCUGAUUUAUACAGUAUAGUUGUGGACAUUGAAAAUAAAAGCUGAAUUAUGGAGU